AUGGGCAGCGCGGUGACAGCCUGGUGGGUGAUGGUGGAGGUUGCCUGCAGGAUUCUGGGUAUUUCCACGGCAGCAGGUAGGAGACCGCAGGACUGUAAUUGACUGGACGGACACACACUAUCUCUUUCUCAUUCACACACAGCAUCAGGUAGGAGACAGACUGUAGGCCUGGACUUUAAUAUGAUACUGUGAGACAACCUGCAAUUUUGCCAUCUAUCACAGAGGUUGUGAGUGAGUGAGUGUAGAGGAUUAAUGAUGAACCUUGAGGUUUAUCUCCUAUUGUUAUUUUGUGAGAAUAGCAGGCUAAACAGUCUAGACUAAUAUUUACUGUUAUAUUAUAACCCUGCUGUAUCAUAUAUACAGUGGGGAGAACAAGUAUUUGAUACACUGCCGAUUUUGCAGGUUUUCCUACUUACAAAGCAUGUACAGGUCUGUAAUUUUUAUCAUAGGUACACUUCAACUGCGAGAGACGGAAUCUAAAACAAAAAUCCAGAAAAUCACAUUGUAUGAUUUUUAAGUAAUUAAUUUGCAUUUUAUUGCAUGACAUAAGUAUUUGAAACAUCAAAAAAGCAGAACUUAAUAUUUGGUACAGAAACCUUUGUUUGCAAUUACAGAGAUCAUACGUUUCCUGUAGGUCUUGACCAGGUUUGCACACACCGCAGCAGGGAUUUUGGCCCACUCCUCCAUACAGACCUUCUCCAGAUCCUUCAGGUUUCGGGGCUGUCGCUGGGCAAUACGGACUUUUAGCUCCCUCCAAAGACGUUCUAUUGGGUUCAGGUCUGGAGACUGACUAGGCCACUCCAGGACCUUGAGAUGCUUCUUACGGAGCCACUCCUUAGUUGCCCUGGCUGUGUGUUUCGGGUCGUUGUCAUGCUGGAAGACCCAGCCACGACCCAUCUUCAAUGCUCUUGCUGAGGGAAGGAGGUUGUUGGCCAAGAUCUCACGAAACAUGGCCCCAUCCAUCCUCCCCUCAAUACGGUGCAGUCGUCCUGUCUCCUUUGCAGAAAAGCAUCCCCAAAGAAUGAUGUUUCCACCUCCAUGCUUCACGGUUGGGAUGGUGUUCUUGGGGUUGUACUCAUCCUUCUUCUUCCUCCAAACACAGCGAGUGGAGUUUAGACCUAAAAGCUCUAUUUUUGUCUCAUCAGACCACAUUACCUUCUCCCAUUCCUCCUCUGGAUCAUCCAGAUGGUCAUUGGCAAACUUCAGACGGGCCUGGACAUGCGCUGGCUUGAGCAGGGGGACCUUGCGUGCGCUGCAGGAUUUUAAUCCAUGAUGGCGUAGUGUGUUACUAAUGGUUUUCUUUGAGACUGUGGUCCCAGCUCUCUUCAGGUCAUUGACCAGGUCCUGCCGUGUAGUUCUGGGCUGAUCCCUCACCUUCCUCAUGAUCAUUGAUGCCCCACGAGGUGAGAUCUUGCAUGGAGCCCCAGACCAAGGGUGAUUGACCGUCAUCUUGAACUUCUUCAAUUUUCUAAUAAUUGCGCCAACAGUUGUUGCCUUCUCACCAAGCUGCUUACCUAUUGUCCUGUAGCCCAUCCCAGCCUUGUGCAGGUCUACAAUUGUAUCCCUGAUGUCCUUACACAGCUCUCUGGUCUUGGCCAUUGUGGAGAGGUUGGAGUCUGUUUGAUUGAGUGUGUGGACAGGUGUCUUUUAUACAGGUAACGAGUUCAAACAGGUGCAGUUAAUACAGGUAAUGAGUGGAGAACAGGAGGGCUUCUUAAAGAAAAACUAACAGGUCUGUGAGAGACGGAAUUCUUACUGGUUGGUAGGUGAUCAAAUACUUAUGUCAUGCAAUAAAAUGCAAAUUAAUUACUUAAAAAUCAUACAAUGUGAUUUUCUGGAUUUUUGUUUUAGAUUCCGUCUCUCACAGUUGAAGUGUACCUAUGAUAAAAAUUACAGACCUCUACAUGCUUUGUAAGUAGGAAAACCUGCAAAAUCGGCAGAGUAUCAAAUACUUGUUCUCCCCACUGUAACUGUGCUUUAGUUCUCCUAGAGGACUACGGAGACACAGAGCUCCCUCAGUCUACUCUCAUACUAUAUCAUAGCAUGUAUCACAUCCUGCUUUGUUUCAGCUACAGUACACUCUCUACCUCCUGUAAUAUCAAUUUUAAAGGUCUGGUAUUUACAGUAUAAUAUACAGUAUAAUACUUUUAUAUGUCUGAGCUGGGUCGUAUGUGUCUAGUCUCACAUCACACAGAACUCAUCUCCUACUGUCUUAUUGGCUAAUUUGAUCAUACGCUGACACACAUACACACACAUACACUUACUUUUUAGAUCUACAUCGUACCUUAGAGAAGCAUGUUAUUUUCCACUGGGUCUACUCUACAGGCAGCAUUAAUUCUCCUAACACUCCAUAAAGUCCUACUAACCAUUUAGCCUCGUUCCCCUGAUCUAGACAUAUUCCCUUGGUGCAGAUUCCAGCACCGCAUUUCUGGUAAACAGGUCUGACCAAUGACUUCCACAUGUUAGUAGUGACCACUGUUUCAACCCUGUUACCUCACACACACACACACACACACCACACACACAAGUGUGCACAUAUGUGCACAUGCACAAACGCGUACACACACACACAAACAUACAUACAUACAGUGGGGAGAACAAGUAUUUGAUACACUGCCGAUUUUGCAGGUUUUCCUACUUACAAAGCAUGUAGAGGUCUGUAAUUUUUAUCAUAGGUACACUUCAACUGUGAGAGACGUAAUCUAAAACAAAAAUCCAGAAAAUCACAUUGUAUGAUUUUUAAGUAAUUAAUUUGCAUUUUAUUGCAUGACAUAAGUAUUUGAUCACCUACCAACCAGUAAGAAUUCUGGCUCUCACAGACCUGUUAGUUUUUCUUUAAGAAGCCCUCAUGUUCUCCACUCAUUACCUGUAUUAACUGCACCUGUUUGAACUUGUUACCUGUAUAAAAGACACCUGUCCACACACUCAAUGGCCAAGACCAGAGAGCUGUGUAAGGACAUCAGGGAUACAAUUGUAGACCUGCACAAGGCUGGGAUGGGCUACAGGACAAUAUGCAAGCAGCUUGGUGAGAAGCGAACAACUGUUGGCGCAAUUAUUACAAAAUGGAAGAAGUUCAAGAUGACGGUCAAUCACCCUCGGUCUGGGGCUCCAUGCAAGAUCUCACCUUGUGGGGCAUCAACGAUCAUGAGGAAGGUGAGGGAUCAGCCCAGAACUACACGGCAGGACCUGGUCAAUGAACUGAAGAGAGCUGGGACCACAGUCUCAAAGAAAACCAUUAGUAACACACUACGCCGUCAUGGAUUAAAAUCCUGCAGCGCACGCAAGGUCCCCCUGCUCAAGCCAGCGCAUGUCCAGGCCCGUCUGAGGUUUGCCAAUGACCAUCUGGAUGAUCCAGAGGAGGAAUGGGAGAAGGUAAUGUGGUCUGAUGAGACAAAAUAUAGCUUUUUGGUCUAAACUCCACUCGCCAUGUUUGGAGGAAGAAGAAGGAUGAGUACAACCCCAAGAACACCGUCCCAACCGUGAAGCAUGGAGGUGGAAACAUCAUUCUUUGGGGAUGCUUUUCUGCAAAGGGGACAGGACGACUGCACCGUAUUGAGGGGAGGAUGGAAGGGGACAUGUAUCGCGAGAUCUUGGCCAACAACCUCCUUCCCUCAGUAAGAGCAUUGAAGAUGGGUCGUGGCUGGGUCUUCCAGCAUGACAAUGACCCGAAACACACAGCCAGGACAACUAAGGAGUGGCUCCGUAAGAGGCAUCUCAAGGUCCUGGAGUGGCCUAGCCAGUCUCCAGACCUGAACCCAAUAGAGCAUCUUUGGAGGGAGCUGAAAGUCCGUAUUGCCCAGCGACAGCCCGGAAACCUGAAGGAUCUGGAGAAGGUCUGUAUGGAGGAGUGGGCCAAAAUCUUUGCUGCAGUGUGUGCAAACCUGGUCAAGACCUACAGGAAACGUAUGAUCUCUGUAAUUGCAAACAAAGGUUUCUGUACCAAAUAUUAAGUUCUGCUUUUCUGAUGUAUCAAAUAUUUAUGACAUGCAAUAAAAUGCUAAUUAAUUACUUAAAAAUCAUACAAUGUGAUUUUCUGGAGUUUUGUUUUAGAUUCUAUUUCUCACAGUUGAAGUGUACCUAUGAUAAAAAUUACAGACCUCUACAUGCUUUGUAAGUAGGAAAACCUGCAAAAUCGGCAGUGUAUCAAAUACUUGUUCUCCCCACUGUACAUAAAUGUGUGCAUACACACACAAUAUUUAAACCCUUUUAAAGUCACACACACACACACACACACCCUAUUUAAACCAUUUAAAGUAAUUUAGCCUAUCCUAAAAAAACAACCCACAAACAGUUGACUCACUCUCACUUCACUGUUGAGAGCUUUACUUUACUGCAGAUAUUUAUUUAUUUGCAUACAUUUUUUAAGGAGUUGGGCUGUCCCACUCCUUUUGUAUUUUUUUAAACCUUAAUUGAAUAGAUAGUACAGUGUUGGAAAGAUGAGGAAGAAACAAAACAUUGUCUGACAGAGAUAAUGUUACAGUUUAGAAACCGCAGUAUUCAGUAAAACCAAACAUACUACAGUCAGGUUUCUAACGUUCUAGCCUCUCUGGUAAUACACUACAUGACCAAAGGUAUGUGGACACCUGCUCGUCAGACAUCUCAUUCCAAAAUCACGGGCAUUAGUAUGGAGUUGGUCCCCCCUUUGCUGCUAUAACACCCUCCACUCUUCUGGGAAGGCUUUCCAUUAGAUGUUGGAACAUUGCUGAGGGAACUUGCUUCUAUUCAGCCAGAAGAGCAUUAGUGAGGUCGGGCACUGAUGUUGGGCGAUAAGGCCUGGUUCGCAGUCGGCGUUCCAAUUCAUCCCAAAGGUGUUCGAUGGGGUUGAGGUCAGGGCUCUGUGCAGGCCAGUCAAGUUCUUCCACACCGAUCUCGACAAACCAUUUCUGUAUGGACCUUGCUUUGUGCACGGGGGCAUUUUCAUGUUGAAACAGGAAAGGGCCUUCCCCAAACUGUUGCCACAAAGUUGGAAGCACAGAAUUGUGUAGAAUGUCAUUGUAUGCUGUAGUGUUAAGAUUUCCCUUCACUGGAACAAAGGGGCCUAGCCCCAGACCAUUAUUCCUCCAAACUUUACAGUUGGCACUCCGCAUUCGGGCAGGUAGCGUUCUCCUGGUAUCUGCCAAACCCAGAUUUGUCCGUUGGACUGUCAGAUGGUGAAGCGUGGUGAAUCACUCCAGAGAACGCGUUUCCACUGCUCCAGAGUCCAAUGGCGGCGAGCUUUACACCACUCCAGCCGACGCUUGGCAUUGCUCAUGGUGAUCUUAGGCUUGUGUGCGGCUGCUCGGCAAUGGAAACCCAUUUCAUGAAGCUCCCGACAAACAGUGGCAGUUUGGAACUCGGUAGUGAGUGUUGCAACCGAGGAUGAUUCCUAGACGUUUCCACUUCAAAAUAACAGCACUUACAAUUGACCGGGGCAGCUCUAGCAGGGCAGAAAUUUGACUAACUGACUUAUUGGAAAGGUGGCAUACUAUGACAAUGCCACGUUAAAAGUCACUGAGCUCUUCAGCAAGGCCAUUCUACUGCCAAUAUUUGUCUAUGGAGAUUCCAUGGCUGUGUGCUCGAUUUUAUACACCUGUCAGUAACUGGUGUGGCUGAAAUAGCCGAAUCCACUAAUUUGAAGGGGUGUCCACAUACUUUUGUAUAUAUAGUGUACUUAGGAAAGACAGCCAUGUGGUAACUCUGACAUCUAGUGGCCACUACAUGUACAAACAACCUGUUGGACAAUUAGGCCUAGAGUUAAUUUGGAAUAAAGUACUUGCCAGUAAUUUAUUGGAAAUUCAGCAGUUCAUUUACCAUCAAUGUAAUCCAAAUCAUCAUCACUAUUUUGUCUAAAUGCAAAAUGUGAAGUGUGUGUGUGUGUGUGUGUGUGUGGAUGUGUGUGUGUUCGAGUGUGUGUGUGUGUGUGUGUGUGUGUACAUGUAACCUGCCCUUCUGCUGUCUCCAGUGCUUUGUGCUGUGGGGGUGGACACGUUGCGACAGGGGGAGUUCCACAGUCUGGCCAUCUACCUGCUGUGAGUACUCUUAUUGGAUAGACACAAUUCCUGCUAAACUCUGAUAGGCUUUAUACAAACUUCCUGCUUCACUUGGAUAGGUUAGUGUAGGUACAUACCCCAUAUUAAGUCCCUCUAGACCCCCCCCCCCCACUACUUUAAUAAAGGAAAGAAUGUGUGUUUCAGGUCAAUCUGCACUCACAGUGGAAAAAGAGGAGGGUGGCUGGGGGAGGGGUGGUCUAGGGGGAGGAUGAUGGGGAGGCAGGGGAGGAAGAGCAGGGCAAGCAGGAGGAGAGGCAAGUGACCUGGGUCACUGUCCUACUUUGCAUUAUCUCUGUGACCCAUGGCUAAACUCCCAUGGAGCAACACACACUGCGCAGCACAGGAAAACAUCUCCCUGAGGAGUACAGAAAUGCAAGACUGUUUAUUCCAUUUAUCAACAGUAGAGACAGAGUCUUCUGAUAGGAAAUGUCAUGGGUUAUACUCUUUAUGACAUACUCCCUUAAUCUGGUCCAUAAUUGUCUGAUCACUAGCAUCUAUUUGGUUCUGAGUCUGUUCUUUGAUCUGUGUGAUGGAUCCCUUAGGGUGUCUGGGGCAGGUAUGAUGGUGUUUGAGGUAGCCUACUUCCUAGAUGCCCUCCUGCAGAUGUGUCUGCCGUGAGUACACUACCCAUAAUCUGCUAAGGCUUUUUCUAAGUGUGCAUCCAAAAUUGUACUUUAUUCUCUGUAUAGUACACUACUAUGGGAGCCAAAGGGCCAGAGUGUUGUACAGGGAAUAGGAUGCAAUUUGCCCUUUUGUAAUCAUAGCAAAUGUGUGGCUAUUUCUUUCAUAGGUGAAGUGAACAAAAAAACUCAAACAUAAAACUGUCUCCAUCUCUGUCCCCUGCUUUUACCCCCCCCCCCCCCCCCCCCCCCCCCCCCCCCCCCCUCUAGUUUCCCCCCAGGGUGGCGUGUGUUUGUGUUGUGGGGAAAGAUGGCUCGUCUUGGAGGCUUUCAGAAGUUCCUCUACUACUCCAUGAUGUCAGUAGUGUGUUUUCUUCACCCUGUGUUAGUGUGGCAUGCUGUUAUACCAGGUAACACCACUCUACCAGGUAACAACACUACCUAACCAUGGCAUUAUCCUUACCUAACCAUUACUACUGUUACCAGGUACUACUACACACCAUUAUUACAUUUAAUAAGGUUGAUGUAAUUCACAAACAUUGACACUCACCCAACAUGUCUUUUAGAUUCAAUUUAAAUGCAAAACAACAUCUGAUGUUCAAAUGUAUUGUAUUUCUCCAGUCUGAAAACAUCUCCCCUCUGAUUCCAGGCAUCAUGCUCCUGGUCACGGCCUUCUUCAACUUCAUCCUCAGCAAAAAUACCCAAACAGUGUCCCCUAAAGACCUGGAGGACAAUGUAGGGAUAACGUCUGUGUGUGUGUCUGAAAGAGGAGGGACAGAACACACCUUCUCCUUCCUCCACAUGCCGAUGGGCAGGAGAGGGGCAGGGCUGGCGUUCGUACCCAGGGAGAGUGGCUUGGGAGUGGGCGAGAGAGGAGAGAGCAGCCGGGCCAUGCUGGAGGUAGAGAUGGAGCAGCCAGGGUCAGAGCUGGAGCGAGGGAGGGACGGAGGAGAGAGGUGGAAAGAGAAGGAAAGACAUGUCCAUUUCCAGAACAGUGCUACAGAGGAGACAGAAAUGGAGGAGUACCACGACUUUGAACCAGAGACCACCUCGGACACCGCUCCUAUGAUCACUAACUGAACAUUACACUAC